UCUUCUCACACCCUCUUUUCGGAAGGCACGUCAUCGGUGGCAUCCACGCGCUGUGGUCGUUUUCACCCUCUCCGGGAAAAGGUUUUCACCGUGGUUGAGCUUGAAGCGUGGACAUUGCCAGAAGAACUUAUUUCGUACUUUGCUUUAAAUGAACACAAAAUAAUACUGUAGCGACGGGUAUAUUGUGUUGCUCCUAGCUGUGGUUUUGGUAUGUGAGCUAUAGGGGGCAGUCGGGUUCAGCAUGUUGUGUGGAGCAAGCGUUUUGGUGAAAAGGGCGUAGAUUAAGAAGGUUAAGGAAGUGUUGCUGUUUUACACACAUGUGUAGCUAAGGCUCCUGCAUUUGUAAGUGCUUUCCGAUCUGUGAAAAUAAAUGGCCGACUGAAUGCCGCCAUCCUGACGUGUAGUUAUUCAGCCGUCAUUACAAUACUUUUCAAAUGAUUCCAUAAUUUUUUACCGGCUCAAACUGUCAUCCAAGUAAGAGAAGUCUAUAAUGAAACGAAUUGAAAGUAUUCAACUACUUACCCCUGCCUUUGCGGCAAUUUUGGUACCCGUCAGUAUCAACUUGAAAAGACCUUCAUUCCCAUGCUGCGUGUAUGUACCGUUUGACCACAGUGGUAUAUAAAUGCUACAAAAGCCAUGCACUGAUUUUAAAUGCUGUAAGCUAUUUUACCGAGGCACACGAUUCCUUGGAUGGCCUUUUGAUUAACGUUUGUUGUAAAUAAAUGCAUGCAUGUUGUGUGUCGAUCACCAUUCGGGUAAAUAUGGGACACCAAGUGCAUGUAAUGUCGCCCCCUGCCGGCCGUGAGAAAUUACAUUUCUUUUCCCCUUUUCUGCGAUUUCAAACAAUACAGGUUGCAAUGAAAGUGAGUGAGAUGCGAGUAAGAUACACAAUAUCGACCUUGAAUUUACGUGUUUUGUGUUUAACUCUCAAUCAUAUUUGUUUAUUGACUCUACCUGCAGUAGGGGUGCACAUUUUGGAAUGAUCCGAUACCAAGUUAAUAAGGCACAGCAGUGCUGAUAGCCUUUUUGGAUUUGUUGAUCAUGACUAUAAUCAGAGUAAAAACACUGUACAAUGAUUUUAGAAAUAUCAACAAAUCUAAUAUAAUUUAACAAUGUAUAAAUACAACUAUAAGACAAGGAAACAAUAUCAACAAAAUCAUAAAAAUAAUUCCUUUUAAUACCGAAUACAAAUAAAGCAAAAUAAAAUAAAUAAUAAAAUAAAGCAGAAUAAAGUCAAUAGUGCAAAAUAAGUAAAAAACAAAACAAAAACAAAAACAAGCAAAACUGUUUAACUCUCAUUCAAAUCGUUUCGCUUAUAUAACAAUAUCAAGAGAUACUUGUGAAAAUAAGCAUAGAAGGGAACAGAAAAAUAUCAAUCACGCUCUAGUAUCGAUCCGAUGCUGAAACUAUGCUCGGAAUCGACACUACGCUGUUUGUUAUCAUAGUCACGUGAUUAGUUGCUAUGGAAAGGCUGAAGUCACUGUGCAAUACCCCCCAUAAUGAUUCCUUAAGUAGAAAUGUGUCUUCUUAUGGGUUAAAACAUUGUUUAAUAGAAGAAAGUUUAAUAGAAGAAUGAUUUAUAUCGAUGUUUUGAUCUAGAUAUGGUGAGUCAAACCCUAUCAACAAUGUCUAUUCGCCGUCCUCGCGACGCGAGCGGUGGGGAGUUUCCGCACUUUCGCCACACAAGUUUUCUUACACAUGCACGGCAGUUUGGUCGUGAGUGUGUGUGUGUUUUAGCUGGUGUCAGAGCAGUCGUCUAAAUGGAGGCGCAAACGUUUCUUUACGAUGUCCCCCCGUUGGUCAUUGAACAAUUCUGUCAACUAAUGGACAUUGGAUGUUGCCGCUAUGGAUGGCGCGGACUCGCGGCCCGAAUCUGCCCGAGCUUCUCUGAGGUUCGCGUGUUUGAGCGUAUGGAGGAAGUGGGUCGCAGUCCCACCAAGGAGCUGCUGUGGUCCUGGGCCCAGCAGAACUCACGAGUGCAGGACCUGCUUUGGGUACUGCAGGACAUGGGCCACCAUCGGGCCUUGCAGCUCUUCCUUGGUCCCUUCCAUCCAGUCACAGAAAGGCCUUUGCCCCUUAUCAAUGAAUGUGUGCCCGCAGCUGACAUGAAGGAGUCAGGCAAGUUGGAGAUGAGUCAUUCUCAGGAAGCAUUCAUUCAAAGGGCCCAACAGCCACAAAUCACUUUGCAAAACAUCCUCAAAGGAACCAGCGACUUUCACCACGAAGCCAGAAUUUCGGUGGGCACCUUCUCUGACGUCUACCGGGCACGGGUGGGAGGCACAACAUUUGCAGUGAAGCUUUUCAAACAGGUAAACAACACAUCCUGGAAGAAGCUAUGGGAUAUUUUCAGGAAAGAAAUGGAAGUCCUUGGAUUUGUGGUGAUGUUUUCCAGGUGCCGACAUCCAAACAUUUUAGAGUUGUUGGGUUGUUUUUCUGACGAGAGACGCUACUGUCUGGUCUAUCCAUACAUGCCCAAUGGAUCGCUCUUCCGCAGACUCCAUCAUCAGGACGGCGUGCCUCCUCUUUCCUGGGAGGAACGUCUCAGCAUCAUAAAGGGGAUCGCAAAGGCCCUGCAUCAUCUCCAUGAAUCUCAACCAUGUGCGGUAAUCUGUGGGAAUCUCUCCAGUUCCAACAUACUCUUGGAUAAAGACAUGCAACCCAAGCUGUCAGAUUUCAGCUCGGCUCGACUCCGCCCUCAUCCGGCUGGCCAAAGCCAUACCGUCACCCUGCAUACGAGUUGCCACGGCAACCUGGAUUACCUCCCCGAGGAGUACAUCCGACAUGGCAAACUCUCCUGCAGCCUGGAUGUGUACAGCUUCGGAAUGGUUGUAAUGGAAACAAUAACAGGACGUAAAGUCGUAGAGGAGGUGCCCAAACGUACGCAGCUGAGGUCUCUGCUGGUCUCUGAAGUGGAGGACAGUGGUGCCGGCGUAGAUGCUUGUCUGCAGUUCUUGGAUACAUCAGCUGGUCAGUGGCCAUCUUCUGUGACACACAGCCUUCUGGAUCUUUCCUUGCGUUGCACUGCUAGUCACCAACGUGACAGACCCAUCAUGGAGAAUGUUCUUCAGACAUUGAGUCAGCUGCUUCCACCGCCAAGCUGCUCCUCUUUGGAACAACCUCACAGUCUGGACGAUGGAGCCAAUAUCCAUAUCCAGCACAUACCCAGCUUACCUGUGGAGCACGACGAACAGUGCGGCCUCCCCACCUCUCCAGCACAGACGGGGCCGUGCGAAUGCAGCCAGUCAGAGGUGACAUAUCUAAGUGUCGCUGAGGCAGAUCAUGUAGACGCGUCAACCGGGGAUCGGAACAAAAGCUGGCCGGUGCAGUGCAGCUGCCAAGCUGCAACAGGCGAUCUCUGCGAGGACUGCGUGGCAAACAGUAUUGCCAACACAUAUACACAGUUCUCAGGGUAACGGUCCAUUGUUUCAUCACCUGUGUUUUAUUCAUGGACUGAGACUUGCUCUUCUGGACACAGAGAAAGGCCACUAUGUGGGAGCCGAUUUGUUUUUUUUCCUCGUCUUGUCAUUGGUCAAGGUGUGUGGCGGCGUCUCUAUGUCCACACCGAGCAGAAGCAGGGGCGGGGUUAGACAGUUGUGGUGCUUUUAGAGCCGAUUCGUUCAUGAGAAAUUAGCAUGACGAGAUUUGACCUACAGUAUUUUGAGCUAAUUUGUCUAUUGAGAUUGGUCUUUGUUUUGUGUUUUAUAACAUUAUAUUGUAUUUUUGUAGCUGUUCAUUGAGGUUUAAACAAUCAGUUUAAAUAAUAAAUAUUUGAUAUCAUGUAUUUUUUACAUUAGUAAUUCAUUUCACACAAUACACAUAAUUUGGUAAUAAAUUCAAUUAAGACAACAACAAAAAAUCUGAGGAGCCACUUGUGAGACAAAAAGUCGGCUCUUUUUAGAGAGCUGAGCCAAAAGAACUGGCGCUCUCAAAAGAGCCGAAAUUUCCAUCACUACAGAAAUAGUGUGUCGUCUUAUUGUUUUU